AUGUUCUCAGAUCUCAAUGUCCCGGUUCCUACCCUGUCAAAACAGCAGCUUGCGCAAGCUGCGUCUGCAUCCAAAAAAGGCAAAGGAAAGCAGGAUCAGAAUAUCCCAGUAUCUGCAGCCUUCACCCCUGCCCAAGUUGCCGCCAUAGAGAAUCGCCUAGAUCUGCUAGUGCAUUUAGGAUACACCGUAUUUGCCUUCAACCAGACAGUAGAGCGGAAGGUUGACCCGAAGACUUUCGUCAAUACGCUCGAUGCCCUCCUACCACAGCUGCGGAAGAGGUCAGGGGUUGUAUACUUGAAGAGGUUGACUAUAGUGUUGGAUGAGCAAAGCGAGAAAGGCUUCGGAUUGACGAACGGAAACGCGGCCCUCUUCGCACCCUACGACCUGCUUGCCCUCGUCCCUACUACUGCGGCUACGUUUUCGCUUGCAUGUCUCACGCAUACACAACCCACGCCUCUGACGACACACAUCAUCUCGCUGCCGCUCACCCUACCUCGGUUACCCUUUAAUCUCAAGCAUACCCUCGUCCGAGCCGCGCUAAAGAACGGUGCCGUCUUCGAAAUCAACUAUGUCGGCGCACUUGGAGGUGACGGCGAUCCCGCGUUGACCAUUCCCAGUGGUUGCGAGAGCGGUGCUGGCGCGAAGAGGAACUGGUGGGCAGCCGCAAGAGAAGUCGUGCGUGUGACGAAGGGCAAAGGCAUCCUAGUGAGCGGUGGCGUUUUCAGCGAAGGGGACUUGCGCGCUCCGCGCGAUGUUGCCAACUUGAUCAGCGUUCUUGGCGUAUCGCAAGACGUCGCGCAUGAUGCCUCAACAAAAGUAGCUCAGUCGCUCGUCCUCCGUGCACAAACACGAAGGACAUAUCGUGCAGUAUUCUCCGAGCCAAAGGUCGUCAUACCGUCUCAUACUGGUGGCACUACCCCGCCGCGAGCCGGCAGUGGUGAAUCUCAGCCUAAGCAGCGACCAAUCAAAAUGGAGGAGUCUACGCCACCUAAGCUUUUCGCCAACGCGAAGAAGCGACCUCUAGAGGAGAGUCCCCAGAAGGGACCAGGCCCUGCUGUGCAGGUGAAGAAGGAGGAUGGGACCGCUGGGGAGAGCGGUGCGAGGAAGAAGAAAAAGAACAAGCUGUCUCAAGGUUAACCCGAGUCCGUCGUGGACGAAUGUCUUCUCUUCGUGGGCACGGGGCGCGCAACAAUGGGAUUUGAGCAUGUCUUCGCUGGUAUGCAUGUUACUACAGAUACUUCGAGAGGAGAUUGGAGAGAAGAUAUGGAUUAAGCGUAUAAUAUGGCUAUCUGUCAAGGAAGUUUGGCACAAAAGCGUUCUAUUUGUACCAUUAAUACGGCAUGCAGUUUGCAACCAUACACAAUAUCAGUUUGAAGGCCCGCAAAUUGACCGAUCCGAAGGAUACGUCGCCCACCGCAAGCCGGCAUGGUUGAUCCAGAGGGGCAACAUAUCGCUCGACCAGAGCCUCCGACAGCCCGUCCAUGGGUUUUGCAACGGAUACCUAGUACCUACCCGGGGACGAUCGGGCUGCUGCUAUGAGCUACUUGGGAUUCCAGGAGCAUGGUCAGGGUACAUGGAACGACUAGAGUGUAAAGAGAUGGACCAUAGACAUUGUGACAUGAAUUCACGGCGAUAGAGUGGGUAGGAGGACGGCGAGGCUGCAGGAUGCGUACAACGUGUCCCCGGGGAAGCGUCUCUGAUUGGUCCAUGACAUGGUUGGAUGACUCGGAUGCGUAGUGGCUUAGUCGGAUC